CAGAAGCUCCAGGUUCAGACUAAAGUCUAUGUAAAGAGAUUUUAGAGUGUGCGGAGUUCCAGGAACGCGUCCAGAAAUGAAUAGAGUCAUUAAAACCCAUAUGACCUCACCUAUGUUAUUCCCUAGCAUGGGUACUGCUCCUUUCUUCAAGGUGAUAGUGUUUGAGCAGGAGCAUUUCCAGGGCAAGUGUCUGGAGUUCACUUCUGAGUGCUGCAACAUCCACAACUGUGGUAUGGACAACAUCCGCUCCAUCCGAGUGGAGAGUGGAGCCUGGGUGGGUUUUGAGCACCAUGAUUUCCAAGGCCAGCAGUUCAUCCUGGAGAGGGGCGAGUACCCCAACUGGGAAGCCUACAGCGGCUCCCUAGCCUACCACACCGAACGCUUCAUGUCACUGCGCCCCAUCUACUGUGCUUCUCACCACAGCAGCCGGAUGAUGAUCUUUGAGAGGGAAAACUUCAUGGGCCGUUGCACGGAGCUGUGUGACGACUACCCCUCCCUGCAGGCCAUGGGUUGGUUCAUGCCCAAGGUGGGCUCCAUGCAGGUGCAGUGCGGAGCCUUUGUGUGCUAUGAGUACCCCGGCUACAGAGGCCAGCAGUACAUCAUGGAGUGUGAGAGGCACAGCGGAGACUACCAGCACUGGAGGAACUGGGGCUCUCACUGUCAGACUCCAAAGAUCCAGUCCAUCAGACGCAUCAGGCACUGAGAGGGGACAGAUCAGGACAGCAGCAGCAGCACAACCUGGGCUCAGGCUGACACCUGUGUGCUGCAUUUUAGGGGCCCUGAUCUCAAACCUACAGUUCUCUGUGACACAAACCAUCAGUGAUGUAGCAGCUACCUCUUUAUUCCAGCAUGUGUUUUUGUUUCUUUUAAAAAUGAAGUGUGUUUUCCAUCCAUCCAUUUUAUUAACCGCUCCCCAUAUUCAGGGUUGAGGGGCGAUCGUAGCUUAUCCCAGCCUACAUGGGAUGAGAGGCAGGGUACACACAAAGACAUUCAGGCUCAUAUUCACAACUACAUCCAAUUUAGAAUCGCCAGUUAAUUUCACAAAUGUGUCUUUGGACUGUGGUGGGAAGUCGGAGUACCUGGAGAGAACCCACCACAGGGAGAACAUGCACACUCCAUCCAGAAAGGACCCAGUCAGCUGGUGGAACCCUGGACCUUCUCGCUCCACCUGCAUCACUGUGUCACCCUGACUUUUCUUUUGGUACAUGUAAAAUAAAGAUCAGAUUGAGAAUGUGAAAAGUUUUGUGUAUUGUGUGAGAAUACAGGACAGUGUUUGGUGUCAGAUUAGCUGAUCUGCAAGUGAACAUUUAGCUCUGAGCGCUGAGAGCGAGGCGACAGGACAGUAACAAGAGUCAGUGAAUGAUAAAUUCUGGUGAUCACAUACCAGACUGUGUGAAAAAUGUAUCAGGUCAAUGGCAUAGUAGCUCAUCCAGCUUCACGAUGCAUCAAAAUCACAGAUUAUUGUAAUGUGUGAAGUGAAAGGUCUUAUUUGUUGUCUGUUUUGCACAAACAAAUGAGAAUUAAAAUCCACUGAGAAGUCAAAGAUGGACACAAACAGUCAUAUCCAGAGUAAAUUCUCAUUCACCACCACAUGAAGGUAUCUGAGUUCAGCAGUUUUGUGACUACAUGGCAAAAUAAAAAAUAGGACCAGUCCCUC